AUGUACUCGGGCAGCAUCGCGCGUGUCUACAGUGCACCGCCAGAUCCAUUGGAGCAUGACACACCUAAGCGCGUGGUCCGCGAAGAACAGCAUCUGGGCGAGAUGUUGGCGUCGACCAAGAAGCGCGUAACGUGGCGCUUCACGCUCGGCGAGUCCGACCGCAUGCACGACGUGGUACUGCUCCACUCUGUGAUGAGCCACAAAAAGCUGGUGCACUUUGACGGUCGCCAAGUCCAUUUCUCGUCGACGAAGAUGGUGGGAGACUGGUGCUUUUCCAUGAUUCUUGACGGUCUCAAGAUGGAUGUUCGCAUUCGUGAGUUGGAGACAGCUGACGUGCCGAAAUAUGAUUUGGUCGCGAACCGGAUUCCGUUCCGUCGCUGGGAUGUCUAUCGUCGCAAGAAACGCGCAGUUGCUAUGACUGCGGAUGUUCAGUCGGCUCGGACUUCUGGAAGUGCCUACGGGACGCAACAUUGGGGACCGGAUGGGGCGACUCCAUCGAGAUCGCAAAACGAGUCUCAGCAGAACACUGGCUCGCCUAUGAGCCAUACUCGCGAAAGAGGAGCUUAUAGCUUGCAAGACCCUUAUGCAAGCAAGUCUCCCACGUCAGGUCAGACGCAGUGUGUGAGUGCCCCGUACCGAGCGUCAUCAGGACAGAGCGAUGGACGCACUUGCAGUUAUGCAGGGCAUACAAGUAGACAGCAUUCGACGCAGCAAGCGCAGAGCAAUUUGUUGGCAACGAACCGGGUUGCUGCGAAUACACAUCCGCAACAGCGUUCGGCGAGAGCUGCAUCGAAGUCCGUGAAGCGACCCGAAGUCAAUCUGAUUGACGACUUUGGUCCCAGCGUCAGUGUGUCGGCGCAUUCGCUGACGUUCGAUCCAUUAGCACGUGCUAAAAUGUCGUCGACGAAGGACCCAGCAGCGUCGACCGCAUGUCAGCGACCGCAGCAUCCAGCUCCGCUAAGUGGUGCUGGGCUCGAGCCAUCAACUUGUGUUGACCCAUUCGCUCCUGUUGCGCCGCCUGCCGUAGCAAAACCUGCUGCAGUCAUGAGCACGCACGCUUUCGCGGCUCCAGGUGCUAGCAGCUAUCAACAGCAUCAGCAGCAGCAACUGACUCGUCAAAUGGGCGCUGGUACUUUGGCUCAAGUUGCAGGGUACCAGCAGCGACUGAUGGUAGGAAUGGCAAUGGGUGCACCAAUGGGAGGAGCGAUAGCGGUGCAGCAGCGACCAGGUGCACGCGGGUUCUACGCGGGGCAGCAGCCUGCUGUGGCCGGUGGCAUGGGCACUGUGAAUUACAACAACGACAUUACACAGCUCAUGAACCCGGCAAGUCUUGCGACCAGCCAUCGAAAGCAAGAGGGCAAGUGCAUCGACAUUGACGCAUUUGCUGGCAUAAGCCGCUAG